AUGCAAGCCCCCGCUGACAGGACGAAGCGACUUGCGGUGACCAGCUCAAUGUCUCCUGCCCAGUCAGCUUCGAUGGAUUGUUUUGACGCGACGUCUACGAGCUUUAUACUGGCUGAUGCUGAGCAUUGGCGUAGCGAAAGAAAGUUUGUGGGGGAGAUUUUCCUUGAUCUCUAUGACCUCUCCGAUAUGUGCGAUGAGCAGCAUCUUCACACCAAAGUAGCAGACAUUUUUGCAAAAGAUGAUGUUUAUGACCCCCUAGGCAUAAAGGAACGGGAGCAUAAAGCGAAGGCGCUAGCCGCGAUGGUAGGAGCUUGA